CUGAUAGUGAUUAAUUUCAUAGUCACUAUUACUUAGAAUCAGCAAUCAUCUGAAAGCAUUACCUAUUUGCGCUUGACUUUAAUUUCCGCUUAUUGGUGAAAUAGUAAUAAAAAAUAUUGUGCAAUUUUCACUAACAUCUAAUCAGUAUAGUGCUGAUAGUGCAGUCAGCAGUGAUAGUAUUAUACGGUACUUAGUUUAAAGCGUGAUAUAUACAUAAGUGAAAAACAUUUUAACAAAUACAUAAGGAAUCUGGAAUAGGUCUACACCUACUACAAGACCAGAUUUUACUUAGAAAAAUGGAAGUUAUCAAAUUAGAAAUGAAAGAAACACUUGGACAAAAACACAGGCAAUUUAACAAAGCAGUUCAAAAUGCUAUAGAAAACAAUCCUAACGAGGAAAUAGAAGAUAUAGAUUACAACAAACCUGAUAUAGAUAAUCUCUUCAAAAUUGAUUUUGCAUGUCGCACAAAAAAUGUUGAUUACUUGCUAAAAGUGUUGAAAUGUGAAGAUAUGUUAUAUGUUUCUAGAGCAAUAAAACAUUCAGUAUGGUUAAUAACUGAUCCAAAAUAUACACAUAUAGUUAAUCCUGAAUAUCUUCACAUAGAGCUCUUUCCUUAUAUGUUGUGCGCAGCCAGAAAUAAACUAUUGUAUUCCAUUCGUGUUAACUUGAAGGAUCCAGUACGCAAUGAAGCAUUCCUCAACUAUUUGAAAGAUGUUGAUUUGAACUUGGCAAUGAAAUGGCUUCCAAAUUGCUCUUUGGAAUUUAUCCUAGCAAAAUUGGAAGAGGAUAUUUAUAGAAUACCUGAUGACAUAUUUUUAAGAAUUUUCUGUGUUAGUGCCGAAACAUUGAAUUUAUACAUCAAGAAUCAUUACUGGAAAAAGCCAAUGCUUCAAAAAGCAAUGAUAGUGAUAAGCAAGCAAGGUGAGAAAUAUUUUGAAGUUUUAGACAAAGUUGAUAAAAAAGAAAUACCAAAGUUCAAUUCAAAACACACAAAAGCUGCUAUGAAGCACUGUCCGAGAAGGCUUAUGUGUAAAUUCAAUCGUUAUAUAAAACACAUUGAUAAAUUAGUAUUUGUCAAGUAUAUUGAUGUAGAUUGUUUCCAAAGGUUUUGGAACCAUUACAAAUCAAACAAGAAAUUCAAAGCUCUUUUCCCUGAAGAGAAGUGUCAACAGAUUUUUAAAAGAAUUGACCAAAAUGUCUUAAUUUCACGUUUAUUGGAAUGUAGUACUGAGAAACAGCAGGAAAUUAAGGUUGUACUAUACAUUCUGCGGAAUAAACAUCUAGGUGAUUUAAAAUUCAGACUUAAAGUCAUAAACAUUAUCUUAAAGAAGUUUCACUCACAUAGAUUUGAUAAUAAAACAUGGAAUGUUUUAAAUGAUAUUUACAAUAAAAUGGGAGUAUACUCACAAUUUAAGAAACAUUAUCGACCAUGCAUUAAGUCUGCCAUUACAUAUUUUGUUAUUAACAAUCUACCUGUGCCUGAUGAAAUUGUCGCUAUUUUCGAUUUUGAUACAUUUAAAUGUGAACAAAAUAAAUUUAAUGAUGAAGAGAAAUGUAAAAUGUUCGACUUUCUGUAUCACUUUGUUAUUAAAAAAAUUGAAACAUCUCAAGACGAAACUAUGCUUUCCUGGCUGGAAAAUAUUUUAAUUUUGUUCAAAGAUUGGAAUAAACAGAUAGUAGAUUAUCCAGAAAUUGCAAGCCAAAUUGAGAGUAUAAUAAAGUCAAUGAAAGAUCCAUAUGACAUGGAAGGGAUUAAACAACUAUAUAAUAGAAAGAGAGUCUGGAGAAUAGUUUUAUUUCAGGAAUCAUUGCUAAUAAAUCCCAGAGAAAGUGCAUGCUUAAAUGCAUUGAAACAUGAUCCAAGAAUAUUGUAUAAUCAUGAGAAGGAAUUUCAUGGCAUAAUAUGUUCACAGAAAGACACUCAAAUUUCGAAAUUUCUUGAAAAAGUCCGAAUUUAUUGGCCACAAUCCUUGGCUACUGAACUUAAAACAAUAUAUAAAAAUCAACUACAUAUGGUGCCUGAUAAGAGAUUUUAUAAACUUUUAUCUAAGAAGGAAUCAUUGGAGUUCUUAGAUGCAUAUGUUCUGCAAGAUGAUGCUAUUCAUUGGAACAAAUUGCAUGAAUUAGAGCUGCGUAAACACAUUUUAAAAAAUAUACAUGUGGCACGACCAAAACCUUCAUUAGAUGUAGUAUUGAAAUAUGCUCAGGGUAUUUAUUUACAAGACUCAUUUUCAUCAAUAAAGGCUUUAUUGCAUUAUAUGACACCUUUCCAGAUUAAGGAAUGUAUCAAAAAAUUGCAAAAUUGGCCAGAAUUUGUACAAAAGCUUUGCGUCUUUCAAGCAUUUACAAAGUUAACUAAAGAAGAACAUAAUGAAAUUAUAACUAGUAUUUGGAAUAAUACACAAUUUUGUUCUGUACGUGCUGAUAUUUUUAAGCUACAUUACAAAGCUUUACGAAAUUAUACUAAAAAUGACUUGAAUAAAAAUGAUGCAUAUCAUACGACCGUUCAAGAAAGAUGGAGCACUUUGAAAAAUUUGAUUUCAACCCUUACUGAAAAUGAAAGCAUUAUUGUAUAUAAUUUGUUAAAUAAGUUUGAAAAGUUGCCCCAAAUAGUACGAACGGACUAUUGCAUAACUUCGUACAAGUUUUUGAAGACUCUACCCAGAAGACUUAAUUGUUAUCGGUUUAUGAAUAAUAUUGUAUCAAAAAUUGAAUACAACGAAGUAUUACUGGAACUUGAAGUGGAUUUUGUUGCGGAAAUUGUUGACGAUACUAUAACGAAUAGGAUAUGGACUGAAAAAUUGGAUUGGACUUUCAAAACUCUCCUUAUUACUUACAUAACAAGCCAGAAUGGUAAGGAAAAGCAAGUUAUUGCCUUUGAGAAAGUUUUGAACCCCGUAUUUAAAAAGGCUUAUGAAAUGUGGCAUGUCAAACACCAGGGCUUAUACAUGGCGAGAUUUAAUAUCUAUAGUUUUGUUUCUUUACUUUCUUAUAAAGAAUUUCUGGAAGGAACAAAGGAUCCCAUCCUACUCAUUCUUAUAAACAAUAGUUUUCAGGAAAAUUUGGUUGUCAAUGAGAACUAUAUGAUAAUGACUAGUCUUAAAUUGGCAAUAGAGUAUUUAAAAAUUGCAGCAAAGUAUAAAAGUCGAUUGCCUAACAUUCAUGAGGAAACCUUUCAAGAAUUUAGUAAGAUAUGUUUGAAAUUAUUAUGCGACGAUGUUGCAUCGAAGGGAAUCGGGAUUUUAGUUCUGUAUCAUCAUGCUCUGCAAAGGAUUCUUAACGGUUUUCGUAUACUUAGAAAGACACAAUACAAAUUCUUUGAUCACAUGCUAGACUUGUCUAAAGAUUUAUCAUCUGAUUUCGAAAUUUUAGUCCAUAAGUUAGUUGCGGAACAUACGUUCUUUAUCGAUUAUUAUAAGGAAGAUAAGAAGGGAAGAAAAAUGUUACACGAAAGCAUAAAAACGCAUCCCGCUGCUGCAGUGAGAGCGGGAGCCUCAAGACUGUACAUUACGGAAUUAUUAUGCGUUAGUCCUUACUACCCGUUGAUGUUAUUUUAAUUAGGUAUUAUUGUUAUUUAUUAAAAGGACUUAGAAUAUAAUUAAUUCAGUAGUGUGACUGUGAUCGACUGUGAUUUGUUUUUGAUAAUAUUAUAAUUUGAUUUUGAAACGUAUAAACUAUUGUAGACUUUUUUAUUAUAAAUAUAUCAUUGUAAUAUA